GGCAGUAGGCAACACGGCCGACGCCGAAGCACCGCGCCAAGUAUCCGGCCGGGGAGCCCCGGGAGAUAUUCUAAAGAUAGAAAACGCGCGCACGCAUCCGCGACGCGGAUCGAGAGGACGCGUGAACCCCUGGCCUCGUACGCGCGCGUUUCCGCGCGAACGACGACGAUGACGAGUCGUCAUCGUCGCGCGUGACGCGGCGGAAUCGAGGCGAACGAUCGAACGCGGGGUAUCGAGGACGCGCCGGAAGGAAGAGGAAGACUUUUCCGCCCCCCCGCGAGUCGAGAGGAUCUCGAAAAACGUGAACGAGACGCGCGUAAUCGAUCCGUGGUGACACGCGAGUGAAGCGGAAGCGACGAGGAAAACCAAUGAUUCUCGAUCGCUCAAUUUUCCAUGAUUCAUUUAAUAUCCCGGAAAUCGAGGAACAUGAAGAUACUUAAGGAGGUUGUGACUGUUUGCAUAAUCAUCGACUGGACCAGUGAAGCAAAUGAAGCGAACUGUACGCUUAUUAGUAAAAAUCUCGAAUAAUUCGAGGGACAAUCAGUGAUGAAAAUGAAUGGCAGAUACAUGAAGACUGUUACAUUGAAGAGUUAAUGAAUCUAAUGAACUUCUGAGAAGGAGAAAAGUGAAUUUAUUAUAAAAUAAUGAAAGGAUAUAAUUUGCACACUUAGUGAAAAUAUAUACAAUAAGUCUCAUUAAGAGAAGAACGAAUGAGAGAAAAAAGUAAAAGAGAAAAAAGGAGAAAAGGACGAGAUUGGGAAUGAAUAAAAUAUGUGAUAUAAAAGCCCGAUAAGUAUGAAAUAAAUAAUAAAAAAGAUUCAACAGCAGGAAAACAGAUCCUAGUGAAACGAGAAGAUGAGCUUGUACGUUGGACACAAAACGUGCAAAAGAAGGGAAAAGACGAGACGUGGGUAAAGAAAAUUGGAUGAAAUUGCUGGAGGAAAGCAAUUACAGAUAUCCUUGGAGGAAAUAAGACGACCAUGAACUGAUACAUAAAGCUCUAGUGAUAAAAGCGGGGAAAUCGAUAGCGGAAGAUUUAGGAGCAAAAACGCGCGAUAAAGUGCAGAGAUCUUGAAAAAGGGAAAAUUUGGCACGCCGAGUGGUGAGAAUUGAUGUUGAAGGAGAAAUGGAGGAGAAAAGGUUAGAUAGAUGAACUCACAGAGCGGAAAACUUGGUGUGAAGAAGAAAAGCAGCAACCUGAGAGUGAGAAGGAGAGGGAACACGCGAAGUUUAAGCGAUGGGUGACCGCGAGAAGACGGGGGACGCUCGAGUGAGGGAUGAGGGAAUAGAGAUGUGGGGGUGAAUUAAUGCGCGUCUUGGAAUCAUCGUGCGUCCUUAAUUACAAGAAAGGAUAAAUGUAUACACGUCAAGAAUAUAUCAGGCACAUAAUAAGAUUCGUAUGAAGAGGGAAAGCUUCCACGAAGCUUGCUCUGCUUAUUUUCGCGCUGUCAGCGAUGGCGAUCGUUCACAGACGACCAACUUAGAAGCGGCCGACUCGCUCUAAAAAGCGCACGUGCUCCUCAUCAAGAUCGUACGCUGAAGUAAUACAUGGAUACGAAUCUUCCUCACCGGCCACCAAGUGUUCGAAGUGAAUGGCAAGUUUCUUCGAUCAUUCGCUUUCAGCGGUUGCCUCGUAUCACUCGACGAUUUAAUAAAAAAAAAAGACAAUAGACUCCAACAAAAACACGAGGAUUUUUCAAGUUCGACCACGUGCACUGUGUUCAGGAGAGUAGAGAGCAAUGUAAAGAUUACGCCCAGAGAACUUAAAAAUAACACGCGUUCUUUAUCCAAAGCAUCUUUUUACUGCCGAUCUGCGAUUCGACAAAAAACUAAAGUUUCUUCGUCGCCGAUGGUAUUUCGUAUCGUCCGUCUUAACGUAGUGCAGUGCGAUCUUCCGGAUCCUCCGAUGUGUUGUAAACUUAGACUGAGGAAGUGGCAGGAAGCGGAAGCGGAAUCUAACUGUCAUCGCGCAAUUUACGGAUUUCGCGGGGAAAAGUGGUGAUCGUCUCCCACGUUACGGCUUGGCCGGGUCGGUUAGUGUCUUUCGCGGCACAGGAAGUCGCGUUCGAGACUUGUAGCCUCAACAUGGGUUGCGAACUGAGCAAACUGGCCACCACGAAAUCGCGCAAUCAGACCGGAAACGAUGGCUCUUCGCCACCGCCGCCGGCCGCCACAGAUCCGCGACUUCCGCUCACAGCCAGGCAAAAAUUUACGGUUAUCGCAAGCUGGAAAGCGGUCUCCAGGGCAUUGGAACCCACGGGCGUAUACAUGUUCAUAAGGUUGUUUGAAGAGAACGCGGAAUUGUUAAAUAUGUUCACAAAAUUCCGGGAUUUGAAAACGAAGGAACAGCAAUCGACGAGUAUGGAAUUGGCCGAGCAUGCGAAAACAGUCAUGUCCACCCUUGACGAAGGGAUCAAGAGUCUGGACGAUAUGGACGCGUUUUUGACGUACCUUCACGAGGUUGGGGCCUCUCACACGAAAAUCCCUGGCUUCAACCGGCAAUACUUCUGGAAAAUUGAGAAACCGUUUCUGGAUGCGGUGGAGCGUACACUGGAGGACCGAUAUUCGGAGAAUGUGGAGAACAUCUACAAGCUGACGAUCAAAUUCAUCAUCGAGACGUUGAUCGACGGCUUUGACAAGGCACAGAACGACAAGGCCAAGUCCUAGUCGUCCUAGUUUCGAGGAUCCGGCACGCACGUGAUCGCCCUCGAUCCUUCGAAAUGUUGAUCGUCCCCCCUGGUUCUCCCGGUCCCCCCUGGAACGGAAAAGAGCCACAGCCGCCAUGCCGAUUCCUCGGUAAACGGCGAUGGGACAAUCGUCGUCCUUGCGUUGGUUCGUCGCUCCUUCGUUUCCUGAAUCCGUUUCGCGCGGAUUCCCGAGAAACGCGAAUAUAUGCGAGAGCACGUGACGUUUACGUCGUAAAUGUUCUCGUCGGCCUGAGAUCUUUCUUUCCCUCGAGCGGGUCUCGCUAUUAGACGUAUCCGAAUAUUGAAAAACGGUUUGGAGUCAAUCUCUCGGGACUUCUUCAAAAAUCGCGUCGCUACGCGAGCCGAAAGAGUCGCGCGAUUCUUCCGACGGUCGAAGGGUUUUCAACGAUUCGAUUCGAUAUUCGAUUAAUUUUUCAGGGG